ACGUGAAGUUAAAUUAUAACCGCAGCUCGCAUUAUCUUGUAAAUUUCAUUACAAAGUUGCCUUAAUUUUUUUUUGAGUUUAGAGUGAUGCAGUGUCAGUGAAUUGCAACAGAUAAAAUAAAAUAACAAAAUGCAAAUUAUAGAACUUCAACAGAGUGAUUACGAUGAAGCUUACACAAAUGGGGUAAGCGUUACUAAUGUGGACAUCGCUUAUCGCAAGAUUACCAAAACAUCAACCGCUUUUCUGAUAUGGCGCGUCGAAAAUAUGAGUAUUGUGGCGGUCCCUCGAGAUCAAUACGGAAUUUUUUACGAUACCGAUUGUUAUGUUAUUUUUGCGUCUUCCCCUUGUGGACAAUCAGUCGGGGUUGACUCAGUGUCCCGCGAGGUUAAAGGUACUCCUUUGGAGUAUCACAUCCAUUUUUGGCUCGGCUGUUCCACAACUCCGGACAAAUCCGGAGUCGCUGCUUACAAAACAGUCGAAUUAGAUAAUUUUCUCAACGGAACUACAUGCCAACAUCGUGAAACGCAAGGAAAUGAAAGUCCAAGGUUUAAGAGUUACUUUAAGAGCGGAUUUAGAAUUCUAACUUCCGAAUUUUCUUUGCUAACACUCCCCAAACUUUACAAAGUCAAAGGAAAAUGCACUCCCGUCUUGAUUCAAAUGGACAWCAUCACUUGGGAAAAAUUCAACAGCAGCGAUAUCUUCAUUUUGCAUACUACAAACUUUUUGUUUGUUUGGGUCGGGAGAGCUUCAGACGCUGCUGAAAAAUUAAAUGCAGCUAAACUGGCAACGGAAAUGAAAGAACAGUAUAACAUUUCAAAUAUUGUUUUUGUGGACGAUGGUUAUGAAAAAACUCUACAAGACGAUGAGAAAAAAGAGUGGAACAAAUGUUUACCUUUAGAGAAACGACAUGUUUUACCUGAAAAUGAAUCAGAAACGCAGAAUUUUUUCCAAAGAUCGAACAAUAUCCGACUUUAUAAAUGCUCGGAGAAUAAUGGCAAAUACAGAGUGGCUGAAAUUAAAAGUGGGCCUUUGUAUCAAUGCGAUUUGGAAUCUGAUGAGGUUUUUAUAAUUGAUCAAGAAAUACACGGAAUUUGGAUUUGGGUCGGGAAGAGGGCCAACGAUAAAGAACGAGGGGAAGCUCUUCGAAAUGCACGCGGUUUUGUCAAGAAAAAGAAAUACCCAAAUAAUACGAAUGUGACCCGAGUUGUUGAUGGUUUUGAGUCUAGUGAAUUCAAAAUGCUCUUUUCAUUUUGGAAAGAUGAAAAUAAUAAAGUUAUUGGUCGAGGAGGAAAACCAACCGUUUUGGUGUCAAAAUUCGAUGCUCUGAUAAUGGAAGAACGCCCAAGUCUUGCUGCAGAAACACAGCUUAUUGAUGACGGUUCAGGAAGUGUGACUUUAUGGCGAAUAAAACAACAUAAUCUGGUUGAAAUACCGAAAGAACGUCACGGUUACUUUUUCAAUGGCGAUUGUUACAUUGUCUUAUACAGCUAUCAGACAUCAGCGGAAGMAAGACAUUUACUUUAUUACUGGUUGGGAUCCCACGCCACGCAAGAAGAAAUUUCUUACGCAAACGGUAAGGUGCUGGAAAUUGACGAAGAGUUGGGAGGCUUAGGAUUUCAAGCUCGAGUGAUCCAGGGGCGAGAACCUGCCCACUUUUUACAAUUAUUUAAAGGAAAAUUAAUUAUAUUUAAAGGGAAAGGCACCGAUUUUGAUGAAUCUGGUCGGAAUUUGAAGCACCCAAUGCAGUAUUUCCUCCAAAUUUUUGGCUCGACUUUAGCCAGCAGUAAAGCUGUCCAAAUCCCACCUCGAGCCUCACACUUGAACUCAAACUAUUGUUACGUGUUUAAAAGAGGCAAACAUGCAUCUAUUUGGUGCGGUCAUUAUUCAACCGGGGAUCAGAGGGAAAUGGCAAAAUUAUUUGCCGGCAAAGAUUUCGAAUUAGUCUUGGAAGGAAAGGAAAAACAGGAAUUUUUCGACUUAUUGGGUGGGAAAGCAGUCUAUGCGACCCAAUUAAUGCGGGAUGAUGGGGAUGUUCGACCACCUAGACUUUUUCACUGUGCGAAAAUUAAUGGUGUUUUAAGAGCGGAAGAAAUUUUUUUCUUCAAUCAGAACGAUCUUUUACCAGAAAACGUCAUGUUGGUGGAUUUUUUCAUUGUGCUSUAUUUGUGGAUUGGGAAUUUGAGUUCAAAGGAAGACCAAAGACAAAGUUUGCUUGUGGCUCUUGAAUAUUUACAGACUGAUCCUUGUGGAAGAGACAUAAACAUACCAAUAAUUCAAAUAAACCAAGGCCAUGAGCCUCCAACGUUUACAGGAUUUUUCCCAUCAUGGGACAAUAAUUUGUGGAAGAUUUAUAAAUCUUUCGGUAAGCGAAGACAAGAUAUAGAAAUGAAAAAUGCAAAAAUGAUUGGAAAAGAAAUAAACGGCUAUCAGAAAACAUCAGGACAUAGUGAUUUUGAUCAGUACGAUAAGUACCCCUUAAAUAUUCUUAAAGAACCAAAUGAAAAGCUUCCUGCAAGGGUAGAUCCCUUAAAUAAAGAGUUACAUCUAACCCACGACGACUUUGUAUCGGUUUUAAAGAUGACUUAUCUUGAAUUUGAAAAGUUACCGCGUUGGAAACAACAAGAAUUGAAAAAACGUGCGGGACUUUUCUGAAGUGUCCCCUGUCCAUCAAACAGGUAUUUUAUAUUUUAAUAUUUAUAUUUUAUGUACGACUAUGUUUUAUUGGAAUUAUUAAUGUAUAAUAAAGCGCUUUGUUAUGAAA